GGAGGUGUCUGCUGCAAGUUCCUGGCUGCUUCUGAGCUCACCCCAUCCUCCAAGAGGGAGGAGGCCGGAGCGGUGAUGCUGCUGCUGCUGUCGCUGUCGCCUCUGCUGACAUUCUAGUGGGGCUGGAAGGGUGGUUCCUAUUCGCAACAUCGCCAGCCAGAGAGGAGGGGGGAAAAAUCCCAGCAGCCGCGGCUGAUGUUGGGUUCGGAGGCUGCAUCCGACUUGGUCACAAGGAAAAUGGAUUCAGUUUGCAUCUCUCCCUCCUUUCUACAGCUUCUCCAUGUCUCAGCAUGGGCUUCCAGGGCAGAUGUGGACACCUUUCCAAGGAGCACCAUGCAGUAGAUGCUGAAACCUCGCACCCCAGGCUAAGAAUCAGUAACAUGGCAGCACCUGCUUGAAAGGAUCACAAACCAACAGACUCCACUUAGAAAGGAACAAUGUCCAAGAAAGGGCGAAAUAAGGGCGAGAAGCCCGAGGCACUCAUUGUCGCCCUUCAAGCUGCCAAUGAAGACCUCAGGACCAAGCUCACAGACAUUCAGAUAGAGCUGCAUCAAGAGAAGUCCAAGGUAUCAAAGCUUGAAAGAGAGAAGACCCAAGAAGCAAAGAGGAUUCGGGAGCUGGAGCAGCGCAAGCACACAGUCCUGGUGACAGAACUCAAAGCCAAGCUCCAUGAGGAGAAGAUGAAGGAGCUGCAGGCCGUGAGGGAGAAUCUCAUCAAGCAGCACGAGCAAGAAAUGUCAAGGACAGUGAAGGUGCGGGAUGGAGAGAUCCAGAGGCUCAAGUCGGCUCUGUGUGCUCUCCGGGACGGCAGCAGUGACAAAGUAAGGACAGCGCUCACCAUUGAGGCCCGGGAGGAGGCCCGGAAACUGUUUGAUGCGGAGCGCCUUAAGCUCUUACAGGAAAUUGCGGACCUGAAAACGGCCAAGAAGCAGGUGGACGAGGCUCUGAGCAAUAUGAUCCAAGCGGACAAAAUCAAGGCUGGGGACCUCAGGAGUGAGCAUCAGUCCCACCAAGAAGCCAUCUCGAAGAUCAAGUGGGAGUCGGAGCGGGAUAUUCGGAGGCUGAUGGAUGAAAUCAAAGCCAAGGACAGGAUCAUCUUUUCCCUGGAAAAGGAAUUGGAGACCCAGACAGGCUAUGUGCAGAAGCUCCAAUUGCAGAAGGAAGCUUUGGAUGAACAGCUCUUCCUGGUGAAGGAGGCUGAGUGCAACAUGAGCAGCCCCAAACGGGAAAUCCCAGGAAGGGCAGGAGAUGGCUCGGAACACUGCAGCAGUCCCGAUUUGCGAAGAAAUCAAAAGAGAAUAGCAGAGUUAAACGCCACUAUAAGAAAAUUAGAAGAUAGGAACACUUUGCUUGGAGAUGAACGAAAUGAAUUGUUAAAACGUGUGCGGGAAACGGAAAAGCAAUGUAAACCUCUCCUGGAAAGGAACAAGUGCCUCGCCAAGAGAAACGACGAGCUGAUGGUGUCUUUGCAGCGCUUGGAGGAGAAACUCAAAGCCGUUACCAAGGAAAAUUCAGAGAUGAAAGAAAAAAUAACAACCCACCCACCCUUGAAGAAAUUAAAAUCUCUGAAUGACCUCGACCAAGCUAAUGAAGAUCAAGAAACAGAGUUUCUAAAACUUCAGGUUAUUGAGCAACAGAACAUUAUUGAUGAGCUCACAAGGGACAGAGAAAAGCUCAUCCGUAGGAGAAAGCAUAGAAGAAGUUCCAAGCCAAUUAAGAGGCCUGUUUUGGACCCAUUCAUUGGCUAUGAUGAGGACUCCAUGGAUUCAGAGACAUCUUCCAUGGCCUCCUUCAGAACAGAUCGAACACCAGCUACUCCUGACGAUGACCUGGAUGAGAGUUUAGCAGCUGAAGAAUCAGAGCUAAGAUUUCGACAAUUAACAAAAGAAUACCAGGCCCUCCAAAGAGCAUAUGCCCUGCUGCAGGAGCAGACGGGAGGUAUCAUCGAUGCUGAAAGAGAAGCCAAGGCUCAAGAGCAGCUCCAAGCAGAGGUGCUGAGGUAUAAAGCCAAAAUCGAAGAUCUGGAAGCGACGCUGGCUCAGAAAGGGCAGGAUUCACACUGGGUAGAAGAUAAACAACUUUUCAUUAAGAGAAACCAGGAGCUUUUAGAAAAGAUAGAAAAACAGGAGGCAGAAAAUCACCGGCUACAACAGGAACUACAGGAUGCCAGAGACCAGAAUGAGCUGCUGGAGUUUCGAAACCUAGAACUAGAAGAGAGAGAGAGGCGAUCCCCUCCAUUUAAUCUACAAAUCCACCCAUUCUCAGAUGGUGUAAGCGCUCUACAAAUCUACUGUAUGAAAGAAGGUGUCAAGGAUGUGAACAUCCCUGAUCUCAUAAAGCAGCUUGAUAUCUUGGGCGAUAAUGGGAAUUUAAGAAAUGAAGAACAAGUGGCCAUCAUUCAGGCCAGUACUGUGCUGUCCCUAGCAGAGAAGUGGAUCCAGCAGAUUGAAGGAGCAGAGGCUGCCCUACACCAGAAAAUGAUGGAAUUGGAAAGUGACAUGGAACAAUUCUGCAAAAUAAAAGGUUAUCUAGAGGAAGAACUAGACUAUCGAAAACAAGCUCUCGAUCAAGCGUAUAUGAGAAUCCAGGAACUAGAAGCUACUUUGUACAAUGCUCUGCAGCAAGAAACUGUUAUCAAGUUUGGUGAAUUAUUAAGUGAAAAACAGCAAGAGGAGCUGAGGACGGCAGUAGAAAAGUUACGGCGGCAAAUGCUGAGGAAGAGCAGAGAGUAUGACUGUCAGAUUCUCCAGGAGAGAAUGGAACUCUUACAGCAAGCCCACCAGAGAAUCCGUGACUUAGAAGAUAAAACAGAUAUCCAGAAAAGACAGAUAAAGGACUUAGAAGAAAAGUUUCUGUUUCUAUUCUUGUUCUUCUCUCUUGCCUUUAUUCUAUGGCCUUGAUGUCAAGGUGCCUCUUAAAGAAUAACCGAAAACAAGGAACAGACCCCAGAAAGGCAAAUGCUUCUAAACCUUCAAAGAUGGCAAAAUUGUUUACACCAGUGCAAGGGAGAUCAAAAGCUAAGCACUUCCCUGUAGCCAAGACUGCAACUUGUACUUUAAAGCCAUUAUUCAAGGUUUCUUACUUGACAGUUCGUACAUGACCCUGUUGAAAAUCUACAAUAUAUGCUGCAUUUAAUGAAACAUGUAUAUGUCAAACCAGAAGAAAAGACUAUAAACAUAUAUUGUGUAAAGAAAAAAAAAUCAGCAAUGAAACCAGUUUCAGCAGAUCAAGCAAAGAUGUGUCUUGGGCAUGGAACCAAAGUUACAAUGAAACAUUCAACCCCUGCUGUGCAGGGGGGGCAUUUUAAUGUAACACCACACCCCAUGGAAAUACCAGUCCUCAAAAUAAACAUAAUUUUAAAAAAUCAAAACAAAACCAACCACACAAAAAAAUAAAUAAAUAAGGGUGGGUGGGGAAUGAAGCACGAGGAAUACCUAUGAGGAGCUAUUUACAAUAAAAUGUUUCAUUUGAAAAGUCUGGUUUCUUACUACAGGGAUUUGCUUUUCUGUCUUUAUGAUUUUUUUAAACUCAGGAACAGAGACAUCUGCAGUGUGAAGGGAAGAAAAGCACUCUCCAUUUUGAUUUUCUGCAAAAGGUGGAGCAGGUGGAAUGCAUUCCACAGAUGACAGAUGAGAAGUGGAUCACAGUGACCCUGUCUAAACUGGCAACCAAGUCAAAGGACUCAUGUGAAUGUAACAUGAGAUGUAAAUGCGGAUUGGAUGCUUCCUUAUUCUUCUCUCACAUCUGCAUUCCUUCACCAACAAUGGACUGAUCUCAUUCAUAUAAGAAGAUGAUACUCUAAAUUACAAGCUCCCUGACUUAGUUCUGUUUAGAACGCCAACAUCCAUAGGGAACAUGGGCCACAGAGCACCUCUGAAUCCUUCAAUUUUCAUAAUUGCUGGUUUUCAGUUUAAAAUUGUGUGCAAAUGAGUAUGUUAUAUGAUUUGGGUUAAAACUUCAUAGGGGUGAUAAGUAAACUUCUACUGACAGUUGGGUUUGCCACAGAAAUGUGAAUAUUAAAACUUCCUGAUAUACCUAGAGCAAUCUGACCUCUUGUCAUUUAGAGUGAUAAGUUUUCUUCCUGGUCAGCUAUCAGCAACAAGAAGGCUCUACUUUUCUAUAUAGAGGUACCAUUAUGUUGCUGAUAAGGCCAUUUUAUACCAGAGACAAUUAGAAGACCAGUAUUUUUCCUAAGUUAUGCAUUUCUGAGUUUGGUCUCAACUCUGAGAAAAAAUACAUGCUCCUGAAAAGUUAAUUUUACUCCUCAUUUACUAUAGAUAACAAGAUAACCUUGAUUUUUCAAUAUUUCAAGGUUUUAUUUAUGGGGUUAGAAUUCCCAUGCAUAGAGAAUGUGUGUAGGGAGCAAGAAACUCUUUCUACAAAAUGCUACACAUAUCUUUCCAUAUGUGAGUUCAGUGUCUUUUUCCUUCAGUUUUAGUGCUAACAUUUUCAAAGCCAGAACAAUAACUGAAGAAUCUGCAAGAAAUGCUAGAACACUGGGGACCCACUUUUUGUCCUUGUAUGUACUGCUGACCCAGAUGUCUUUGGCCCAGUCACUUAACCUCUCUGUGCCUCAGUUUCCUCAUCUGCAAAAUGGGGUUGAAAUGCUUUUUCAUGAAAUAUUUUAUUUGCAAUUCUGGAACAAGAGGUGCUUAAAGUAGCACAAAGUGCUUUGUAAUUAUUAUAACUGCUGUAUUUGACUUGUGUUGUUGAGAAAAAAGAUUCCCCUGUGUAAUAAAAUAGUGCUUCAGUUUGGUUAAAUCUAAGCUUUGCAGCACUGAAGCAUUGCCAUCAAGCUACCUGAAACAUUAUUAGCAAUAAAGAUUGAAAGAUCCCAAAUGAGGAUCUCUAAUCACCUAUAGCAAAUAGUCAUCUCAUGCUAUUGAACAGGACGGAAGAGUGUGUCAUUUCAAUGAUAAGCAUCUCCCAGCUCAUGAUUGCAUCAAACAAAAUUCCACUUUGAUCACUGGGACAUCCAACCAUGAAAGGAAGGCUUGGAAAGAAUUGGCAGUGUCAAACAAUAAGCCUGGUUAUACUUUCAUUUGGAGGGAAGGUCAGAUGAUAUGUCAAACUGGGAAUGCACAAACAGAACUAUCCUGCUGAAUUCUUUGCCAAGUUUGUUUUUCUGUGGCACUGGGAAUUGAACCCACGGACCUCUGGCACACCAGUCCAGUGCUUUACCAACUGAGCUUCAUGCCCAGCCCAUCCUACUGGGUUCUUUGAUUAACUAGGUAGGUUCUAAAUUAAAUGUGAAGAGCAGGUUCACUGUGUAGUAAAUGUGUAACAGGGUACUUCUGUUAUGUCUAUCACCUAACUUUAGCAAACCUCAUUCAGAAAAUAUGGAAGAGGACAAAUUUCUCUCCCAUAAUUCAGACCUUUCUCUUCAAUUGCUCUUUUCUUACACUCCAGGGCCUAUCUGAGCAAAUCUGUACUCCAUCAAACAUACCUUCCUUCUCUGUAUCCAGCAUUCCCCACCAAGAAACUUGUAGGUUAAAAUAUAUAUCCAACAGCUCUUCCUAAAUAAUUAGAAACAUUUGCAAAACUUGUGUGUCUUCCUCAUAUGUCCUAUCUGCUUGUCUGCUAUUAAUUGGACUGUAUCAUAUUCCCAAUCAUAUGAGAGCAACAACAGUUAAGAUGAUCAUCUGAGACGAUUUAGAUGAGUUUAGGGCUGAUGCAAAAGGAGAUGUUCUUCCUUUCUGCUUAAGACCCAAGUGAUCAAGCAAAUUUCUCUAGAUUAUAAGCUAAAUGGUGAUAUUUUUGUUAAGUCAUGCUCAUGAUCUACAAAAUUAUCCUUGGAUAAGUCUAAAUACUUUUAGUGAUACAUCUUUCUGUCAUCUACUUCACAAUUAUAACAGCAUCAGGAAAAUUGUGUAUUUAUGUUGCAGUCACUUAUGGAUACACAGAAAUGGACCAAAUCUAAAUGCAUGCUUCCUUUACAUUUAAAGUUCAGCAAUAGUAAACAGGAUGCCUUGUUAAUAAUAGAGAGGUCUACCAUGGCUCCAUUUCUUUAGAAAAAAAAGACAAUCCCCAUUCUGAUAUUUAAUUUUUGUAUCUGUACUAUCCUGACAUAUUUGGCCAAUGAGUUAGUAGGAAUCUGAACAAUGAGGGUUCAUUUACUGAAUUUUUCUUAGGCAAAUAUUUGUACCCUUGAAAAAAAGUAACUAUUUAAAAUAGUUUGAGAUAAAUUAAAAAUCCAAUUUAGCACUGUUAUUCAUUCAGGACAGAAAAAUUUCUAUGAGAGGCAAGAAAUGGAGAGAAAAACUCUAGUUGAUUACCACAUUAGAAAGCAUGUCACUAAACUGUCCUUUUUUUCAUUUAUUUUUUAAUAUUACCCAACUUUCAUUUUAGAAGAUAAUAGAAUAUUCUGAGAAAAUCAUAUUCCUUUAAACUUAUGUCUUACAAAUUAAAUUAUUGCCAAAGUAAGGUUUUAGGGGCUGAAGAAUUAAUUUCACUUUGAUUUUUUUUCCCUCAAUGCCCGAAUAACUGCUCAUGCAGGCAGUAUGGGUCUUCCAAACUCAGAAGGACAGAUGUGGAGAGGGCGUGGUCACCACUGGGGUAGAAAGGAGGAUUGGUUCUCCACUUGUUAUUGAAGAAAUAAAGUUUGCCAAGGAAUUUUUGCUACAGUCUUUUAUUUCAAACUCUUUGAUUGUUUUUCUUUUCUUUGGUUUUAAAUAAACCACUGGCAAACUUGUUCCUUUCUGCCUAUUUAUUUCCCAGUAAAUCCAUUGUGUAAUUUGUAUGUUCCUGUCUUCAAUGUAAUUCAUAAGCUCACUAUUUUUAAAUGAUGCAUGUCUCUAUAACCUACAUAGGUUUUCAUGGAACCUGUAAGAAGAAUAUUUAUUGGUUGUAUGUUGAUGUUUGAAUUAUUGGACCCUCUGUGUUAUGUUACAUCAAAAGAUGGACAACACAGAUUUUAUUUCUUUAAUAUUUGAUUGCAUCCUUUUGAUCUGUCAGAGUGGUGCAGAAUAUAUACAUAUACACAUUCAAUAGAAUAAUAAUUGGUUAUAUUAUUUGGGGGUUACAUUGCUUGUUGCCCUUUGUGAAAUUUUCAUGACAAAGUUUUGGUAGUUUUAAUAACUUUUAUUAGUUUAAUUCAUCAUUUUAAUAAUUCAGAUUCAUCUACCAUAUUUAGAAAGCUCAAUACAACUUUUGAAAGAUCAGUAAUCAAAACAGAUCUUAGAUGACUCUUUAUAUCUUGAAGGAGUGCUUGCAGGAGGGACCCAAGUCCCUCCUUAAGUGGACUUCUGGGUUCUAGAGGUUUGAAAAACAUUAGGCACAAUUCUUAAGAAAGGAAACUUCCAUUAUGUCCAACUGCCUCAUUUCUUCUGUGUAAUAUUCUGUCUUGAGACUGAAUUUUCAGGCAUAUUGGCAAGAGAAUUCAGCACAACUGAGGGUUAGUAUUGAUCCUUAUAAAAUCUCUUGAAGUGCCAAAUUCUUUGAUUCCACUUCAAAACUGGCCAGUUCAUAUUACUUUGCUGUCUUUAGUUUGACAGUUUUUUUACUUCUAAGUAAAUCUAUUGUUGCAAGUCCAAGUUCAGUGUUUAAUCAGAAUUAUAGAAGAUAGACUUAAGGGGGAAGUGUGGCAAAAGUAGAAUUUUGAUUUACUUUAUUUAACCUAAAUCAAUUUGGUGAGGUUUCCUGUUCUUGCUUUUUUGCACUGAGGUCUUGACAUCCAUGCUCAUUCUUCCUUCUUUGUUAUAGGAAAUGUUCUAUAGGGUGGGAGUAGCAUACACAGAAGACUUUUGAGUCCAAUUUUGUCUAUGAUAAAGACUCCACAAACUUUCUAUGGAGUGAAUGAUGCAAUUUCCCAACCAAAAACAAAUUGAAGGAUCCAUUAAUAAUGCGAAAUCACUUAUAUUUAACAGACAUCUCACAAAAUGUGCCUAUUCCCCAAAUUAACCAUAGCACCUUCCCAUAAGGCAGAUCAAAAUCUAAGCAUUUUAUAAAUAUGUGAUGUACAUAUAUGCACAUAUAUAUUCUGUACAUAGUGUGAUGGAGUGAGCACUUACCAGGUGUGUGCUUCUGUCCUAGGAUGGAAGAGGCAGUUCAUGUCUGUUUAGCAUCUAAUGUCUGUGUUCAUUCCGUCCUUGCCUGCCUCUUCUUUCUGCUCCCCCAUCUUCUGUUCAUUUCUGCUAUUUCCUAUUAUUGACUGUGGCAGAGACUAUUUAUUGAGUUUUCAAUUAUCCAGACCCAUAAGCCAGAAAUUUUUUUGGAAUAGCAACAAAAUAUCCAGAACAAUAUUCAGUAUUAAUAUCAGCCAAAGGUCCCAUAUCUUUAUCAACUAAAAAUCCUAUCCAAGCAGGAUUUAUGCAUGAUUUAAUCUUCAAAAUACAGUUCUCUGGGGACUCAAGUAUUGAGCUAAUCUGAACAGAUGAUUCCUCAGAUUUCCACUGUAUUACUGCAGCCAGGGGGCCAAUUUUCCAAAGUCUCCCUCCAAUCAGCUGCAUCAAUUAGGGUUCUCUCCAUCUCAUUAACACGACUCCAUAUACUGCUUCAGUGCUUGUUUAAUAAUGAAAGAAAGAUAUAAUUUGACUGAGUUUCUCAAGAAUGGUCCUGUGAAGUACACUGGACAUGUACAUGUACUGUAUGUAUUACCGUAGAGAUUGGAAACAAUUUAUUGUAUGUAAAGUUUUAUGAAUUGGUUAUUUUAUAAUUUAUGUAUUUAAUAUAGGAAUCAAUGAACUCUGGUGUUUUAGUUUCUAUAAAAA